UACACGGUUGUGAAAUUUGUACCGUGUUUAUCGAUCACAUCAACUACGACGACAAAAUUAACGCAUAGACCGUUUCACAAUCAUUUUAAAAGUGGUAGGAAAAAGAUCAGUGAGUCGGAAUAAUGGAACUCCGCAAAACAAUCUGGAUUAUUAUUGCUGCGGUUUUUGUCGGUAUUGUGGGAGGAAGCCCACGAUGUCGCUGUUUACCGGGACAUAAAUGUUGGCCAUCCGCGCAGGAAUGGGAAGAGUUCAAUGCCACAGUUAAGGGCCGGCUCAUCCUUCCGCGACCCACGGCGUAUCCAUGCUAUGCGGGUCCUGAUUUCAACGAGCCCGAUUGCCAGACCAUUCGCGUAAACUUCUCGCGUCCAUCAUUUCUCCUGGAUCGCGCAGGAAGUAUGCAGAAUUUUAACUGGGAAGAUCUGGAUGGAAAACGAUGCUCUUUGGAAGCCGCAGACAGUCCGGAUGCAGUGUGCGAAACCGGAAGCGUUUCCGUGUUCGGUGUCGCGGUUCACUCGGUUGCGGAUAUUCGGAAGACCGUGAGUUUUGCCCGUCGGCAUAAUUUACGUCUGGUGGUCAAAUCGACCGGUCACGAUUACCUGGGACGCAGUGCCGCACCGGGAUCGCUGCUUCUGCGGAUGCACACGUUGUCCGAUGUGGAGACCCGCACGUCAUUUUACCCCGAUGGCUGCUCAACGGAUCACGACGUAAACACGCCGGUGGUAAUAGUCUCCGGAGGGAAAACUUGGGACGACGUGUACAAAAAGGUGGAUGAAGACUUCAACAGCAACUACGUCGCCGUCGGUGGCAUCUGUCACGCCAUCAGCGCCGCGGGGGGCUACACCCUGGGUGGUGGGCAUAGCGUUCUUGGCCCCUCUUUCGGCUUAGCUGUCGACAACGUCCUGCAAAUCCAGCUGGUGACCGCCGACGGCAAAUUCGUAACGGCGAACCCCUGCCAAAACCAGGACCUGUUCUGGGCGUUGCGCGGUGGCGGUGGAGGGACCUUCGGGGUGGUUGUAUCCGUCGCCUACCAGCUGCAUCCAGUUCCUAAUGGUUUCACUGAUUUUGCUCUACAGAUAACUAAUACCAACAACUCUGGCGUGUUGACGCAGCAACAAGUGGAAGUUAUCCCGGAAGUGCUGGCGCGACGGUCACCGGAACUGGAUGAGAAGGAUUGGGGCGGUCUCUUCUACUACAACCCGGCGUAUGGAUUCAGUUUGAACUAUAUUACUCCUCAUAAAGUGUAUCGCUCACCGAUGGACGGUUUAAAAGACGAAUUAAUCGCGAUGCAGUCAACCUCCGGAUUUCUCGUUAGCACGUUCUCUGACCGACCAUUUUUGCAGCACUUCCGGAAAUUUCAAAACUGGCAUCGGUGGAUUGCGUCGGAUGUGUACGCCAUGCACUACAACGCCGGGACCCGGGUGGUCGGCGGAUCCCGCUUAAUCCCCAACGCCGCUUUAUCUGACCCGCGACAGGUCGCAAAGACCUUGGUCGCCGGGAUGCAGCGUAACGGUUUUGAGUGGGGCAUUCUCGGACACGCGGUCCUGGGCGACGGAGUACGAAACAACCCCGAAGCGAAUAUGACGUCGGUUACGCCGGCGUGGAGACAGGCUGCUUGGCACCCGGUCUUAUUUACGGUGUGGGAGCACAACGCCUCCCAGGAGACGGUGACGCGUUUGUUGGAUGCGUUGAAUGCCGGGACGGAGGUGUGGCGCCAGGCUUACCCGGAUUCCGGGGCGUAUUUUAAUGAAGCGUUUACGGAGGAACCGAGCUGGCAGGAAGCGUUCUGGGGCGCGAAUUAUGCACGGUUGUUGGAUGUGAAGAAGCGGGUGGAUCCUGAAGGAUUGUUCGUGUGCCGGCAGUGUGUGGGUAGUGAAAUGUGGGACCGGUCGGGGAAUUGUCGAGUGUAGGAGAACGAAGAAAACGUAAUCUUGGGACUGCCACAUGGCAAUAGUUGCCUUCGUCCGACACAAGGCCACUCACGGCACGCUAAUUAUAAAUUUCGGGAAUCAUUAAUAAAAAUA